CAUUAUUAUAAUGGGGAUUUGUGGAGGAACUUAAAGAAAUAGAGAAUUGCCUAAAUAACGUUUGAUAGAAGAACCUGAUUUGAAUGAUGAGAAUGUAAAGAGAAUAAAAAAAUAAUUUGAAGAAUUAACUCAAUUAUUAGAGACUGUAAGAAUAAUGAAAUAAUAUUUUAGAUGAGUUCCGAGUUUAAAGCUAUAACUGAUAGCAUUAUAAAACUAUAAGAGUCCUAAUAAUAAAAAUAUGAUUAUUGAGGAAUGAAAUUAUAAUCAUUCAAAAAUUAAG